AUGGCCAUUGCAUUCUUCUUACGCACAUUGCUGCCCUGCCCUACCCUGGCCCCUGUAGGUAAGAACUGCACAGCACUGACAGCGCCUUUCAACGGCAAGGUGACCGGAACAGGUUUCACGCCCGGCACUGGUCUCUUCUUCGCCUGCAAUGUACCCUACGUACUCCAGGGCAGCGUCGUGCGCUACUGCGACGUCUCCGGAACGUGGAGCGGCGUUCCUGCUACAUGCUCAAUCCCUGAUAUUCCCUGCAAGUACCACAAGUUCAAGUGCGGUGGCAGUGGUGGUUGCAUCUCGACCACCAAGAUCUGCGACGGUGUGUGGUAUGACUGCCCGGAUGGCUCCGACGAGAGCAACCGCACUAGCACACGCGGCACUGCAGCACCAGCAGACUCCACCAAAUGGCUACAUCCAGGGAGCCAGCAUGACCAGCUAUGGCAGCCAGAUUGCGUUUGGCUGCUACUAGCUAUACCUUCUCCAGGGACCUGCCACCCACACCUGCCAGCUGAGUGGCAAGUGGGAUGGUGUACCACCGGUCUGCACAUUGGCCUCACUUGCAAGAGUGGCUUCCAGCCAUAUCGUGAUGGUACCUGCCUGGCCUCUUCCAAGUUCUGCAAUGGCGUUUUCUUUGAGUGUCCCGACAAGACAGACGAAUAUCAAUGCGGCACGACUGGACGUAAGUUGAAGCAUGUGAUCAAAUCGGCAUGUAUCACAAUGAAUGCAUAUUGUGGACCGGUGUGUGCACACCGCUAGCUAAACCGACCAACGGCUACUCCCAGGGCACAAACUAUUCUGCUGGAGGCAGCGUCGUCUUCGGCUG